AUGCCAUUUUUUGAUGUGAGUAAUAAUUGUUUCCGUGCGUGCAUGCGUUUCUGUGCGUCUUUCAAUCGUGUACAGGGAAUUCAUUUAAGGGAUGGAGGUAAAAUUUGCAUGCGUGUAUGUUUCUUGUAUCCAGCGACUUUAUGGACGAGAUUCCAACGGAUCUCUCCCAACUUUUUCUUUUUGUUGUUGUUUUUGCCACUGCAGCCUUCUCUUUUGGUUGGUUUCUCCUUGGUGGUUCAAGCGAGAAGAGAGAAAAUGGUGUGUCCUGCACCGCCGCGACAACUCGUUGUGGUGGAUCCUGCCUGGGUACGGGUCGACGAGGAAAACUAUAACGCAGCAUGGAAGCAGCUGGAGGAAGAAGCAAUGGAAUGUGGCUUUAUUGGAUUUGAUAUGGAGUGGACGUCGAGACCCAAACCUGUAUUGGAGGAAGGAGAAGAGACGACGGUGGAGAACAGCAACGCGGGCACUGCUGCUGAUGCCAGGGACAGGGUGCGAGUGAGAAGUGCACACUCAGUGGAGCCCGUGGCAGUGGUGCAGCUUAGCACCUUUUCUGUCACUUUUGUAGUCAGGCUGUGCGACAUUGUUUGCAUGGCACGUCCGGAGAAUUGCAUUGGCGUCUCUGAGGCUGCCGCCGUUUCCUCGACACUGGGCGUUGUCCUGGACAACUUGACCUCCCUCCUGGCAAAUAAGCGUGUUGCAAAGGUGGGAGUGGGUAUAAUUGGCGAUCAGGAGAAGUUGCAGCGUGACUACACCGCAUUCCGACUCUGCCCCUGUGUUGAACUUGCCGUGCUGGCCCGACACCUUUUUCCCACUGCUGAGGAUUUGAUGGGGCUGCGCAGCCUGAAGGAUUUUGCCGCUCGCUUUGCUGGCAGGAAACUCAAGAAGGAUAUUCUUGUGACAUGCAGUGAUUGGGGCAGCAGUCUCGGGGCACUUUCUCCGCUACAGUUGGAAUACGCCGCAGCGGAUGCAGAAGCAUCUUUUGACGUAUGUCUUGGCAUGUGUAGGGAGUCACACCUCAUCGCGAGCGACAACAUCGACGACAACGACGAGUCGCACGGCAUCAGUGGGGCGCGGGAUGUGAGGUGUAACGUGAAUUCCAUUCUGCAGAGCUUGGACGGACUGAAGGCAACAACUUUUCGGAAUGCACGGGUGGAGAAGCCUGCGGGGAACCGCCUUGCCGCGUGGUGGUGCAAAGGCCGGACCAAGCCGUACUACGAUAACAUCUUUGUGUACGACGCCGAGAUGCGUCUCGUCUUCACGGUGGACAAAUCCAAGGCGGAAUGGUACGUUUACAAGAAGGGUCUUGGAAAAGUAAUAGAAUGGAGGGAGACUGCUGCUGAGGAGACACAAAAAACGGAGAAAGAGAUUGCCGCCAUUCAACUCAAUUUUAGUCCCGAUCUUUCCAAGUACAACGACGCCCACAUUCGGCGCAACUUGGAUUACUUCCGCCAGGCGAAGGAGAAUCAGUGCGUCGUGUGUGGAGAGAAAAAGGAUCUGGUGCGUUUUGCUGUUGUGCCUUUGGCCUACAGGAAAUAUUUUCCCAGUGUGUACAUGAGUCACAAUAGCUACGAUCUCUUGCUUUUGUGUACCGUGUGCUUUGCUAGGGCCCGACGACUGUACGACGAGGAGCGGCGGCGCGUUGCGGUGGAUUUUGGUGUACCUCUGGGUCACCUCACACCAAAGGAAUUGGAAUUGCACCGCGCACAGCUGCAGCAACAAAUGUCCACUAAUAUUAGCAACGAUGGCAGUGCUGUUGAGAAUAUUGCUAGAAGUCGUAGCAACAGCAGCAGCAGAAGAAGCAACAACAACACGGCAACCAGUGACAGGAAGUACCUACUCUCACCUGCCCAGAAGAUGCGCAUCAUGCAGGAAUACCUUGAAAUCGAGAAGCACCGGGAAGUGCUUCUCAAGAUUUUUAAAUAUGCCAAGGCAUUGCGUGUUGCCUACGAGGAACCAACUGUUGCAGCGGGUUGUAUUGAGGAGGACGAGGGGGUAAAUCAGACAGCUGCGGUCAACGAAAAGCCGGCGAAGCCGUCAGUGAUGCCGCCAGGACGUGCAAGACAGUUAGCGACGUACAUGCGUCUGCACGCCCAACGGUACCCUUUUGCGAAGUGUGCAUCGGAGCGGAUUGCGCUCUUCACUGCUGACGCAGCGUCGAAAGAGUCAGUCCGAUGCAUCCUCGAGGAGGGCAUAUCGCCCCGCGUCGUGUUGACGCGCUUCUGGCUGCGUGAGCACCCAAAACUACGCGAGAUGUUCAGCUGUACGACACGUCGCAGCGAAAGGCACGAAGAUGGGGGAUCGCCAGGACCGCAUGAAAAUGGGGAGAGAUUGGAAGAAAACCUUUUUGUGGACAGUCACGGCUUUCUUAUUGUUCAGGCACUACUUGAGAAGUACGAUACGGACGCCUGCAAAUGCCGGGACCACGCCAUUGGAGAGUUUAUCUACCGGUGGCGUACCGCCUUUCUGCAGGGGAUGCGACCAAGGCACCUGCCAAGCGGUUGGUCUGCCGAGGACGGGAUUCUGCUUUAG